GUCACCUCCCAAUUUCCAAUUGUAAAAACAUUUCACUUUUUCUUGUGGUAAUUAAUCAACUAAUCUUUACAUCUUAUUGAGUAAUUAAUGAUUCUAUAAACAGUUAAACACUUCACUUGAACCUAUUGUUGAUUGAUUAUAGAAUCAGUGAUGAUAAAACCUCCUUUCACUUUCAUCUUCAUCAGUUUAAUUGGUAUUACUCUUUGUAUACCAACAGUCACUUGUAGCAUUUGGUGUUACAGUUGUGUCUCCACUCAACCAGGAUGUGGUGACGAUGGUGUUGAUUGGUGGUUACACUCAUCAAUUACUUGUCCAAAGGACAAUGAUAUGUGUGUCAAAGUGAUUGAAAAACGAGAUGGAGAAACUCGGAUAACCAGAGAUUGCCUAUCAAACCUUAUUGGUGUCAAAACAAACAUACCUGGUGAUACAUUUGAAGGAUGUCGCCCAGCAGCUCCUCUUAACAAAUUAGCUAAUUAUGUUGAGAAUAGUGUCUCACAAUUUGAUCUUAAAAGGGAAUAUUGGACCAAUUCAACUUACUGUUUCUGUCAACUUGAUCAUUGGUGUAACUCAUCAUACUCAAUGGGGCCAAACAUUUUGUUAUUGUCAAUUAGCACGUUAAUUUAUUUCCUCAAAGCAAUUUAACAUUUGCCUUAAUAUCACUCGCUCAUCAAUUAACAUUCAGCACUUCUCAUCCAACACAAUUAAGCGCUUUUCUUAUUGUUCCAAACACUCACAUAUCCAAAUGAGAAUCUCAAUCAAAAUCAAUGAUCAUUUCGACCAAGACUUACAAGUAUUUCUCACCUUUUUAAUAUGAUGAUGAUUUUCAUAUUUUUGUAUAAUUUAAUUGUUUUCUAACUUGCAAUUAUCAUCGUAAAUCAUCAAAAUCUACAAUCACAAUAAGCCCAUUAUUUUCCACCUACUAUUUAAUAUAAAACAAAUCACCAAAUGUUUACAAUCCAAAAUGUUUUGUUUAUUUGUUUACAGAUACAUCAUAAUAUCUUGAUAAGGUUAUUAUAUUAUUAUACUUUUAGGAUAUUGUUAUAUUAAAAAAAUUAACUUCACCGAA